UGUUUACUUGACACGCACAGCUUCUCUUUUCCUUGAAUAUAGCAUUUUCUUCUUCGAUUUCGUCGAUUACAUUCAAGCAGCUCAACCAAAUGGAAACUGGCGGUAAAUUGAAGAAGGGAGCCGGUGGCCGGAAGGGCGGCGGUCCCAAGAAGAAGUCUGUCUCCCGCUCCGUCAAAGCCGGCCUCCAGUUCCCCGUCGGCAGGAUCGGUCGCUACCUUAAAAAAGGUCGCUACGCCCAGCGCGUUGGUUCCGGCGCCCCGGUUUACAUGGCUGCCGUGCUCGAGUACCUCGCAGCUGAGGUUUUGGAGUUGGCAGGGAACGCGGCGAGGGAUAACAAGAAGAAUAGGAUUAUUCCGAGGCACGUGCUGCUGGCGGUGAGGAACGAUGAGGAGCUGGGGAAGUUGCUUGCCGGAGUGACAAUUGCGCACGGCGGAGUGCUGCCGAACAUCAACCCGGUGCUGCUGCCGAAGAAAGCGGAGAAGGCUGGCGGUGCUGAGAAGGCGACUAAAUCGCCGUCCAAGGCAGGCAAGUCUCCGAAGAAGGCUGCUGCCUAGUUUUAUCUUUGAAUGUAGCAAGUCGAUUUGGUGUGGUGUGGUGUUGGUAUGUAGGAUUCAAUGUUUAUAAGUGAAGGAGUAAUUGUAGGUUUUGUCCUUUUGCAAUUGUGGAACCUCUUUGCUACAUCUUGUUGACAACGAAUACACAAUUGGAAAUUCAUCUUGUGUUUCUUCA